CAACGAUUGCAAUGUACGUGCCUCAUCCCAAGCCAUCAAUGCUUUGCCCAAAAGUGUGAAGCCAAAACCAGGUUCUAAGAAAGACUUCCCAAUAAACCAAAGAGAUAUGAAGGGUACGCAGAAUAAAUUGAAGUUUGUUCAAUCCAAGACCCCCUCAACUAAUGCUUCUUCCAUUAGUUAACAUCAAAGUUCACAUAGAGCUAAAAAUGUGGUACCAAAAAAAUCACACUCGACAAGUGUAGCCGAAAACUAUCACAAGUCAGCUGUGUUGCAAGGGAUCGAUGAUGAUACUGGCCCACAAGGUUCUAGUUCGUAUUCGCCAACUCGUUCACAGAAUUCCAAAAACCUACCAACACAUCUGAUAAGUGGACCACAAUUGGCAAAAGAUGAGAAUAUUGUAAGAAUGUUAAAGUCUCUCAGCGUUGACGUACAGGAUUUGGUAAAGGAAGUGCGAUCCUUGCGCAAUAUCAUUGAAGUCACCAAUGGUGCCCAAAAUAUUCAAUUACCAGAAGAGAUUGAAGACAUGGAAAUACCUAUAUCAAACAUGGCGAAAUUCGUAAUUUUUGACGAAAAAUUAAAUAAAGAGAAUUCUGGAUUCCGUAACAGAGUGGCACGCUCUUUACACCUGCAUAUCGACCGGGAUGGGGUAUUGUCAAAAAGCAUCAAGUCGAUGCUUAAACACUACCUAUCAAGAACACUACUAUUGUUGUUCACUGCAGUAAAAAAGACAGAAGGCAAGGAAGUCUUCAGUGAGACGAACUUCUGUAAAAUCAUAAUGGGAGUACUAAACGCACAGCACGCUAAAAACGGGAAAUCAUCAAUAAAAAAAAGUGUAUUUUACAAACAGCUUGGAAAUGUAAUCAGCAACGCAAUCGAUUGGGAUGGAAAUCGUAAAAAAAGAAAAGAACGCCGAGAGGCUAACCUGAGAAAAAAAAAUAAUGCUAUACCAGAAAAUGAAAAUUCCCUGCCGGAAAGGGACAAUGCUAGCCCGAGGACUGACGAUACCUUUGAGAAUUCAGAUCCACUUAUGUUUGAAAACUGAUGUUAAUAAAACAACAGUCUGGUCUCAAGGACUUGCAAGAAAAUCAAACCAAAGUAAUAAUGUUCAAACUUAAAAAUAUUCGUUGUUUAGAACGUAUCGGAAUACUAAUUAUUGCUAAAAUAAUACUGAAACUACAUGUGAUGUUAAAAAACUAGUCAAGUAUUAAUUAUUGCUAAAAUACUGAAACUAUAUGUGAUUUUAAAAAAACUAUUAAAGUAUGUAUUAAUUAUUGCUAAAGCAAUAGUAGAGCUGUAUGCGGUACCAAAUGAUAACCAAAAACUACAAAUAAUAUUAAGAUGCUACUUAAUUGUUCGAAACAAGUGAUAUAUUUAUCAUUAAGACAGACUAUAUUUACAUAUGUAAGGGUGAGCGGGGCAAACGGGGCAGCGGGGUAUAGGGGACACGUC